UAUAUAUUGUUUGCUUUGGCGGACAUCCUGCGGUCCCAUCAAUAUAUAUUUCCAUGAGAGAAAGAUAUCAUUUCAGUAAGGUUUUAUUGUCUAGUUAUAGUCUCACAACAGUAACUUACAUGCUAACAGCUAUUGUGGGGUAUCUCAUGUAUGGAGACAACGUAGAUUCACAAAUAACUCUGAAUCUACCAAGUGGAGAAGUUAGUGCAAAAGUGGCCAUAUAUUCCACUUUGCUUAUUCCAAUUACAAAGUAUGCAUUAGUGAUAACCCCAGUUGCAACUGCACUUGAACGUGAGCUUUCACCUGCAAAUUACAAGAAUUGGAGACCUUUACGAAUGCUUAUCCGAAUCGGAUUGCUUACGAGCACGGCAAUUGCGGCACAUGUAUUUCCAUAUUUUGAGAACCUCAUGGCCAUUAUCGGUUCUAUAUUUGUUGUGGCAGCUUCAUUUGUACUCCCAUGCUUGUGCUAUUUGAAGAUUGUUGUUUCACUCAAUGGUUGGAGCAGUAAGUUGAUGGGUGUUGUAGCAAUAAUAGUAUUUGGAAGUGUAGCAGGAAGUUUAGGGACCUAUUCAGCCUUUGUAGACCUUUUACAAAAUGUUUAGAACAUGUUCUAAAGUUU